AAAAAAACAAAAAGAGGAGAAUGGCUGCAUGCAACCGACCGCAAAUAUUGAAUCCUUGGUGGUUGGUGGGUGGCAGGUAUAAUGGAGAUUUUUCCGGCGACGAUGGCAUCAGUCUGGGAAAAUUUUGAUAUAAGAAUCAACUCCCGAGUCCGAUUCCCAAAGAUCAACAUCUGUCAGGGCACCAGGGCAUAAGUUCUUAGACUGCAAAUCCCCAAGCUCCUGCAGAUAGAGAUCCCCUCAAAAAGACAAAGAUGGCGCAAAUCAGGAAGUUUCUUGCAUUAUAUGCCUCCCUCCUGGCAUCAGUCGCAGCCAGCCCUCUGGAGCGGCGCCAGGAGCCAGCAUCAACCUCGGUUGUUUUUGAGGUGACGACCGUCACCGCGGCGCCGGCAACGGUCACCAAGAACCCCCUCGACAGCACCAGCUGGGUCGAGUACCCGGGGGCCGUCUGGACCGAGUACCCCUUCACGACCAGCUCGACCAGCACCUCUGGCUGCGUCAGCUACUCGACGCUCUACCCGAGCGGGCGCGAGGUCGUCACCAUGACCAACACCAUCACCGUGACGGUGCAGUCCACCGUGACCGAGACCGACGCCAACGUGCCCGCCACCACGGCGCUGUCCUUCACCCAGCGCACGGUCACGGCGGCGACGGGGACCACGAGGUGGAGCACGCUGUGCACCAACACGCUCGUCGAGAGCUUCUACGUCAGCUCGACCCGCACCACGGUGGUCUGGCCGUCGGCGACGGCGUUUGAGGCCGCCACCAGGACCGAGGUGUGCGUCAAGACGGGCAGGGUCUCGUCGUGGGCCGACGGGCCCAUGCCGACCGCGGAGCCCUACGUGCCUGCCAUCGAUAGGUUCGACGGCAAGGAGACGGUCGUCAGCGUCAAGCAGGGCACGACCGCGGACGCCACGUCGAUCGUGCCGGACGCCACGUCGACGAGGUGGAGCGUCGUCUGCGACAACCCGACCACCGUCGUCCAGGAGCCGUGGUACACCGAGACGGUCACGCCUACCGUGACGGUCGACUGCCGGGGGAAUGCGGGCGCUGCGGCAGUUCAGGCCAAGAGGAUGGAGACUGGACGAGUGGUUGUUCGCGAGGCGGGGCAGGAUGUGCAGAGGGCCGAGACUCGGACGUAUCCGACCGUCGGUCUGCGUGAGGGGAGCGUGGUGACGAGCAUGGUCACCGAGGUGGUCGAUUACCUGGUGGCUACUUUUACCACGGUGCAGAUGGUUGUUGUGACCGAGACUGCUAGCCCUGCAACUGUUACUGCGUGCUAGGUUCGGCUUUGAUCGAGUUGGGUGGUUGGUUAUAAAGGCACAUUUUCAUCAUUUGGCUGUUCAUUUGGAUACGAAUGUCCUGGGCAAUUGAGGUAGGUAAAUAAAUACUGAUUUAAUUUGUAUGCAUUACCACAAAAGUGGCCUACUUACCUUGGCUUUUUGCAUACCUACUUUACUUGCCUGUCUUUCCCUAGGGUAAUGUGUUCCAGGAAUGGGUGUUUAUCUACCUAGACCAGACUAGUUCUAGGCAUCAGAUUUGGUGGGCGGGUUGUCGGCUACUGCUGAUUUUUAUUGGCAGCCAAGAAAAAACUACAGUAUUUACUGCAGGC